AACACAAAACAUUAGAAUUUUAGUAUUAUUUUUCUCUUCCUUUUAUUCAUUCUUUUUCCUUAGCUCAUAAAAUUAACUCUUUUAGCUUAGCUCACAAAUUUAACACUAACUUCUUAAAUUUCACCCCUUUUCUUUUUAACACUUUUAGUUGAUCAUCUUUAAUCACUAUGAUUUCUCCGGCAGUCGCUCGCUUCACCGUCGGCAUUUUAGGGAAUAUCGUUUCUCUAUCUCUCUACUUGUCUCCCAUGCCAACAUUUUUUGGGAUAUGCAAAAAAAAAUCAGUAGAAAAAUAUUCAGCAACUCCAUACUUGCUGACCUUCUUAAACUGCAUGUUAUGGACUAUCUAUGGAUUACCCUUUAUUCAACCAAACAAUAUUUUGGUCUCUACAAUUUCAGCCAGUGGCUGUAUUAUUGAGUUUAUUUAUUUGACACUAUUCAUCAUUUAUUCUGACGGCAAGAAGAAAAAAAUCACUUUAAUUCUCCUUGUCGUCGCUGAGAUUGCCGCUGUCGGAUUAGCCCUUGGCUUGGUGCUUCUCUUCACCCACACCACCAAACCACGAGGUCUCAUUUUUGGGUUACUUGGCGAUGUUAGUGGUGUUCUUAUGUAUGCUGCCCCUUUAUCUAUCAUGAAGCAAGUGAUCAAAACCAAAAGUGUGGAAUACAUGCCGUUGGCUGUCUCAGUGGCUUGCUUUGCUAGUGGAGUUAUUUGGACACUUUAUGCCAUAAGACCAUUUGAUCUCUAUGUUGUUGCACCAAAUGGAAUAGGCAGCUUUUUUGGGCUGGCCCAGUUGAUUCUCUAUGCAGCAUAUUAUAAGUCCACUAAGCAACAGAUUGAAGAAAGAAGAAAUGCGGAGGUUCAAAAGGUUGAGAUGGGCCUUAAAGAAGUGAUUGUGGUCACCAGGGAGUCCAAUAAGGUCAACAACCUUCCCGAAAAUGACUAUAUUGCCCCUCAGACAAAAGAAAUCGAUUUUGCCUCUAAUCUUUGAUUUUUGUAAUUGUAUUAGAAUUAUUAUUGUUGUUGUUACUUAUCAACUAUGCUUUUUACUCCAUGUCAAUUCUUAUUUUCUUUGUAUUUGAUUGGCUCGAGUAAAUUUAAUUGGAAAUAAUACUUUCUUUAGUUCCUAUUUAUAUAAAAUGCG